AUGGGCUGUGCAGUUUGUCUGGUCGUUUCUCUCCUGCGGAUCGAUCGCUGGGUCAACUUGUGGCGGAAUGCCUUGCUACCAGACUCGAACUUCGACACCCCGGAUACUCGCCGCCAGGCCAAAUACCGGACCAUGGCCCGACGCGAACCAGGACCAUGGGGUCUGGAGGCCAAACAGGUUACCGCCAACGUGUCGCGGUGGGUUAUGGAAGCCCUUGCUCUCGUCCCCGCGGGAAUGCCGCCUGCAUCUUUCACUCUGAUUCUUGACGGCCAGCCCACGCCCCAGUUGUGCACGGAGAUACUCCAAAUGACGAACCAGAGAGAUAUCGCGUGGCAGGUGGCCUGGUUUGCAUCGGUGGACCAGGGCAUCGACCCAAUACUUUUACCGGGGAUUCCCUUCCCUCGUGCCAUGAAGGAUAUCGUUCAAGGGACGCUGAUUGUGAGGUGCAACUUUGAACCGGGCGAGCUGUGGAACGUCGACCGGAUCGUGCAUGAUCACCGGAAUCGGACUCCGCAGCAGUGGCAGGAGGCGUGGGCCGACCACGAGCCAAAGACGUGGUUUCCCGUGGCGUCGCUUCCGUGUUUUCAAGCUCUGCUCGAGAAGGAUCUGGUGCCGCGAUGCGGCAAGAAGGAGAAGCUGUCGAGAUCGCGGCGAUCGAGAGGGACUACUCACGACGAUGGUCACGUCGCGUCUGCGCCUCGUUGA